AUGUGUAUUUCUAGGCUUGUGGGGUUUUUUUUCAAGGGUUUGGGAAACAAAAUUCAAGGUAGUGAAUUGGACUCUCAGACAAUCUCUAUGGAGGACCUUGCACAAUCUUGGACACGUCUUUCCCUAUCUGAAAGAGAAGGGCUAGGUUGCUGCCUCACGACAGAGGAGAGUGUCAAAUCUUUCUCCAUUGCAGCAAACUUCCUCACUAAAAGAGCUCUCAACAUUGAAGCGAUUGUUAGAACUUUUACACCUCUGUGGCGGGCAAGGACAGGUUUCAAAAUUCAAAAUAUUGGAGAUCAUAAGAUUCUUUUUUCUUUUGAUGACAAGGAGGACGUAGACAGAAUCCUAGGUAGCGAACUGUGGAGUUUUGACAAGCACUAUGAUAAUGACAGACCUCUCCAGGAUAUCAAGUAUGAUAGGACUACAUUUUGGGUACAAGUUCGUAGUCUCCCAAUGAGGUAUAUGCCCAUCGAGGCGGAGGAAAAAAUUUGCAAUGCAGUGGGAAAAGUUAUUAAACAAUCUGAUUCACAGGUUUACGAUGGGGGCAACUUUAUUCGUGUAAAGGUCUCAAUAGACAUUACAUUACCUUUAUGCCAAGGUCGCCUUCUCUCCCUCAACAAUGAUAAGCAAUUGUGGGUCAUGUUCAAAUACGAAAGACUGCCAAACAUUUGCUAUUGGUGUGGUCAUCUUACUCAUGACGAUAGGGGCUGCGACAUUUGGAUUGAAAGCGAAGGAACUCUAAGGAAUGAUCAGAAGGAAUUCGGAUCCAGCCUACGUGCACCUCCAUUUGUGGUUUCAAAAAAGAAAACAAUUAUGGUGUCGGGAUACUUUUCUACGAGGAAGAUGAACAAUAAGGCUAGACAUGCUUCUCAGCCAAUGGAAGAGGAGCCACCGACACAAUAG